UGAUGUGCGAACAGUUCAGAGUAUCUGACGUGAAGUUUGGGGUUGAAGUUUUGGACCAUAACGCCAGCACAAGCAGUAAGAGUCAUGGCGGAUCUGAGCUUGACCGAUGCUCUGACCGACAGCGUUCCUCAGCCUGACGUGGAGAACAUGGUGGAGAGGGAUUUUGUGACCACGCUGGAGGCCGAGACCUUCGACGAUCAGAUCGGAGAGACGGUUGACAAGGCCAACUAUGUCCCACUGCUGGACAAUGAUGGGAAGGAUCCGGGUACAGUAGUCGAGAUCGGACAGCAGGAAGUCCAAGGGGCUCAAAACCCUGACGACUAGAUCUUCUGCUCGUGGCUGCGUCUCGAUGCCUCUUCUCCUCCUCUCCUCCUCUCGCUCACGCCGCUGAACCUCCUGGAAAACCUGUUCCUGACACCACCUUCAAAAGCCUCAGCUUUACACCCUGCUUAAGGACGAGGGAUGUGUUGAGAGACGGAGAAAACCCUGAUUCCAAACCCUAGUGAGCUGCUGUCUGCAUAGGCUGCUGCCUUCUAAGGGGCCGUUCACACAAGACAGUACAGUUUUAUUAAACUAUUACGACUAGGGUUGGGUUUUGUUUCACUCUUAUCAAUUCUGAGUCUGCAUAUCAAAUUCGUUUUUUAUCAAAUCUUGGUUCAGAUUAAAAUAUUUACAAAAGUUAGCCUACCUUUUAUUCCUGCCACAUUUAGGCUAUAAUCACUGCUGCCAACUAAAUAUUGAACUAAAUAACGUUUAUUUAACAUACAAGUGAAUUCAUAAAUUCUUAACAUUCAAGAAGCAUUCAAUAAUUAUUAUUUUUUUAAAAACAGCUUGAACUGUAUGAAUUAAAUAAACAUCAUUCUUAUUAAAGCUACAAUAGGAACAAGUUCUCGAUACCUAACCCUAUUUGCGACAUGUUUUUUAUAUUAAAAUUGUGUAAA